AUGUCGCGGGCAGACAUAUAUCUUGCGCUCUGCAUGCUGGACGCCAUCGAGGAUACAAAUCUGGCGGGUUUGCAAUUGCUACUCGAUAAACAUCGUGCAGAUCCGAAUACGAUCGUGCUGGCGAAAGAUGUUGCACCGAUGCAUCUGGUGAUAGGGGCUGAAAAUGAAUCGUUUGCCGCAAAGGCCACAUCGCUGAUGCUGGGACAUGGUGGCAAUCCUAAUCUGCCAACGGUCGAACAGUUGCUAACACCGUUGCAUGUGGCCGCCAAUCUAGGGCGCGUUACAAUCCUGCAAAUGCUCCUGAAAGCGGGCGGCAAUGUGGAGCUAAAGGAUGAGGAAGGUCGCACUCCGAUCCAGCACGCUAUCGACGAGGAUCAUUACGAAGCGCUGGAAGUGAUACAGAAUCAUGUGUUUGAAAAGAAGAUCGAACGGAAGCGUCAACAACUGUUGCUCGAGCAGCAACGGCAGCUGAAACAAAACGUGCUGUCCCUGCCGGCAACUCAACUUUAUCCAGCAACUUCCCUACAGGUUUUGGAAGAGCGUGCGUUCACACCGAACAAAAUACACUACAACUUCGACGCUACCAGCCCGUACUAUGUGAACAUAACGCACCGGCGGAAGGAUCGCUUUAAACCGUUGUUUUCCGAGGAUAUGAACUCCAAUCUGGAAAACAUUCUACCAACUGAAGCAAUCAUUGUAUCCCCCACCGAAAUGGAGCGUAUAGAAAAGCAACAUGACUGUACCGCAGAAGUUCCAAACAGUACGAACCUUUUUGAAUUAACCAAGGGAAACUUGAAAAACUUUACCAGAGACAGUGAACCAACGGGAAGAAGAACGUCCUUUAUAGAAUCGUGGCGAGAGAAGAUCGCGGAAAUGAAAGAAAGAACACGGGUAAGCCGACGGUUGGACGAUAUCGCUAGAAUGCUGAACAGCUUCUCGGAGAACCCAGACGGACAAUCGCUCAUUGACGAAACGUUCGUGACGGCAACGGAAGGGGAACACAAAAAGGAAAUGAUCGAUGAAACUGCAAUUGCGGAAAAACAAGAACAUACUUCUGAGGUGAUCGAGGUGGAGGAAUCGUCCGAGGGAUGUGAGACCGGAGAUCAGGGUAAAGUUCAGCAGGUUCGGUCAGUACCAGAGUUUGACGACCACAAGAACACAUUGAAUGAGGCAUGUGAUACAGUUAUCAUACAGAUCAGUGAGGAAUACAUUCACACAGACGAUGAAGCGGGUGUAAUGUUCCGAGAAAAGAAAAUGACCAAUCCUGCGUCAAUUCAAAUGAUUGCGGAAGAUCGUCAACUUGUCGCAGCAACUAAACAACCAACGUAUCCGCCAUCGAUACCGCAAAGAACUGCGUCGUUAACUAGUGUAUCAACCGUACUUACCUUGCCUCCACUGGACUACGAUACGGAUGCAUUACGUGCAGAAUUGACCACCUUCGGUGAGGCUCCUGGGCCAAUAACGAAAAGUACAAAAAAGCUGUACCUAAGGAAGCUUGUCAAAUUUCGACGUCAUCCGGAACGAUUGGUAAAUGCGGAUUCCAAGUCAAAAAUCCAGUUAAAUUACUCUGUCGAGUUGAUGGCAACUAUGCGAAAAGAGGACGUAUUCAAGAGGAUCAUUGAGCAACAGUUUCUAGAGCAGGAGAUGGCUUCGGAAUUUCAAUCCAGCACAGCUAAAGCGAUUCGUAACUUCCGCGAGGGACAUCUAAAAAAGAGCUUUAUUUAUCUGUUACUUGAUCCUCGCGUCAGUAACAACCUUCCAGCACAGCAGAAGCUUCUCGAGCCGCUCGAGCAGUGGAGGCGUUUUUUAAGUUCAGUAUUUUAUGUCGGUAAGGGCAAAAGUAGCCGACCCUACUGCCAUCUCUACGAUGCGUUGAAGUUUUACCACCAGAAGGAAUGUCGGUCGGAAAACCAUUGUGACCAAAAUGGGGACGGCGAUUUAAUGGUCGCAACAGAGACAGUUGUGUUUCAAUGUAGCGAGGAGGAAUGCCUGGCAGUUGUAAACAAGCUUAGUAGGUCUGGCGAAGCCGGAAAGUCGUUGAAUCGCAAACAAAUGGCUGCGGCGGAUAGUAAGAAGCUUAACCGUAUUAUCGAUAUCUGGUGCGCAGGGAAAGGUGUAGUGUGUCUGCACAUCUUCCACAAUAUUAUGCCGGCGGAAGCAUACACACGCGAGGCCGCCAUUAUCGAUGCAUUUGGGCUACAAAACUUGACCAAUCUAAAGCGGGGCGACUAUUACUCCACCUGCCUUUCGUGGCCAAUGAAAAAACGCAAACAACUGGGAAUAUUGUUGCUGUACAAAGCUAUGCUUAUUCAUCUUGCCGAGGGUGAAACGCAACUGCUGCCAAGCGAUCUGUGA